AUGAGUAAAGAAGAGUUCUUGAAAAUCCAGACUUGUGUUCUUAAAGUCAAUAUACACUGUGAAGGGUGCAAGCACAAAGUGAAGAAAAUCUUGCAGAAGAUUGAUGGGGUUUACACCACAACCAUAGAUUCAGAGCAGGGAAAGGUUACAGUGUCUGGAAAUGUUGACCCUGAAACGCUGAUCAAGAAACUUUCCAAGAAUGGGAAACAUGCAGAAAUUUGGGGUGCACCAAAGGCAAAUAAUAAUAAUCAGCUUAAUAAUCAAUUCAAGAAUCUGCAAAUUGACAAUGGAAAAGGUGGGAAUAGCAAGGGGCAGCAGAUUCAGGUUCAAAAGGGUGGCAACAACCAACCAAAAGGUGGUCCACUGGGAGGUCAAAAUCCACAACUUCAACCGCUUCAGCAGCUUCAACAUUUGAAAGGGUUUCCAGAUCUGAAAAUGCCCCCUCAGUUUAUGAAGGACUUGAAAAUGCCUGUCCUUGGAAAGGAUCAAAACCCAAAUUCUGGUAAAUUCAAUGGUUUGGAGGACGACGACAUGACGGAUGACGAGUUAGAUGAAUUCGAUGACGUGGAUGAGGAUGAGGAUUAUGAUGAGGAUGAUGAUGAGUUUGAUGAUGAAAUCAAGGAUAUUCCUGUGAAUAAGACGAAGCUGGGCAAUGGCCUUGGAGAUGUACGGAUGCCUAACAUGAUGGGUAGUCAGAACCCUCUGCUGAUGGAGGGUGGUGCUAAUGGUGGUGGAAAUGGAGGAAAUGGAAAAAUUGGUGGGGGUGGAAAUGUGCCGGUUAUGGUUAAUGUUGGUGGUAAUAAUGGUGGCAAUAAAGGUGGUAAUAGUUACAACAAUGUCGGUAGCCAAAAUCAGGGGGGUGGAAAGAAUGGUGGCGUUCAGCCACUGGGCAGUGGUGGUGGGCAGAUGAUGAAUGGUAACAAUGGUGGUGGUGCUAAUGGUCACGGUAUGAAUGCUAAUGGGGCCAAGCAUGGGGGUGGAAUGAGUGAUUGGCCUCAAGGCAUGCCAAACAUGAUAGCUAUGAAUGCUGGUGGUAGUGUGGGCCAGAUGAGGACUGCCCCCAUGGGCCAGAUGCGUCAGAUGCCAAUGAGUCAAAUUGGCCAGAUGGGUCAAAUGCCGAUGGGCCAGAUGGGUAACCCAGCAGCCGUCCGAGGCCUACCUGCUCCAACCAUGAAUGGUGGUGGUGGUGCUGUCAAUUUCCAAGGUGUUGCCCCCGAGCAAAUGGCCACAAACAACCACUACCAACAACAGUUGGCAGCGAUGAUGGUGAACCAACAACAUGCCAAUGGUAACGAAAGGUUUCAACCUAUGAUGUAUGCUCGGCCUGCACCUGCUGUCAACUACAUGCCACCCUACCCUUCUUACCCGUACCCUCCUCCUGGUGAACGCAUUGAAGAGUACUCAAUGUUCAGCGAUGAAAACUCGUCAAACUGCACCAUGAUGUGA